AUGACUUCAAAUAUCCUUGAAAUAACAGAUGAAGAACAAUUCAUAGAAGUAACGACAAAUUGUAGAGAUAAUAAGAUAAUAUCUCUAUAUUUCUAUAGUAAUGAGGCAAAGGCUUGCCAAAGUAUGUCAACGGUUUAUUGUGCACUCGGUGAAGACCCAAGAUUUGGUAACUAUUUAUUUUUAUCAAUUGAUGCCAAUAAAUUGACUUCAAUUGCUAAAAAUUUCGAGAUUGAAUCAGUACCUUUUUUCGUGUUUGUGAAAAAUGAUGAAAUGAUAUAUGAAUUGUCUACCACAUCUCCAAAAGAAUUCGUUGAUUUUCUUCCAAAAUUAGAACUGGAGCUAAAAGUAGUCAUGGAAAGUAUGCCAGAAAGAGAAAAUUAUGACGAACUAAUUGAUGAGAGUGAUGAAGAGACCGAAGAAGAAUUAAACGAAAGAUUAAAAAUGUUGACAAACGCAGCACCUGUAAUGGUGUUUUUAAAAGGUACACCAUCAGAUCCUAAAUGUGGAUUUUCGAGACAAAUAAUUGGGAUAUUGAGAGAAAAUAACUUAAGAUUUGGAUAUUUUGAUAUUCUAAAAGAUAAAUCAGUAAGAGAUGGAUUGAAAGCAUUUUCAGAUUGGCCAACGUUUCCACAACUAUAUAUAAAUGGUGAAUUUCAAGGUGGUUUAGAUAUUAUAAAAGAAAAUGUUGAAAAAGAUCCUGGAUAUUUCAUAAAAUCUACUAAGUAA